UCUCCGCGCCACCAGUACAGCGGAGAGCAGCGCGCGAGUCGUCCGCCCACGUUCAUGCUCAUACGUGCUCAUCUCCUCUCUGCCAUAUGACAAUGUUUCAACUAAUAACAAUUCGUGCUAUUAUUUAAUGACGCAGGCCGCAGGCGAUGACGAGGUGCAACUGGACGAGGAGAUGGACCGCGUGGUGUGGGGCGAGGGGCAGGGUCCACCGCCCAGCGACGCCACGCCGCGCAGGGAUCUCGCCGCCCCGCCACCCUACGCAACAGAUGCAGAUACUUCCCGGACUGGACCCGAGCAACUCGAACCUGCGACGGAUCCCCACCUGAAUCAGACGACGUCAGCGGCGGAGGAGCGACGCGUGCAGUUCGACGGAGGGAGCCCGGCGCCGCGCGCCGACGCCCCGGCCGUCGCGCUUGCGGACGCCGACCGACGCGCUGAGAGGAAUGCACGACACGGACACAAGUCGCGGAAGUACUCGUUGCAAGAGGGCGGGGAGCGAACUGCUUCUGACGAUGAAGGCCUUGAAGAAUCGCAGAGAGACCAGCUUAGUCACCGCACCGAUGACCCGCGCGCUCUUCGUCGUCACAAGAUACAACCCAAGACAUCAACGGUCCACGUCGGUCGUAAGGAUGGCGGUGACAAGGUCCAGAACAUUCUUCCUGAUGCGACAUAUAAGAAAAUGUACGACCACAGUCCGCACGCGGUGUUCGUGCAACUGGACGAGCUGCUGGCGACGGAGGACGGCGAAGCGGAGUGGAAGGAGACGGCGCGCUGGAUCAAGUACGAGGAGGACGUGGAGGAGGGCUCGGCGCGCUGGGGGCGGCCCCACGUCGCGUCGCUCUCAUUCCACUCGCUGCUGAACCUGCGCCGCUGUCUAGAGACCGGCGUCGUGCUGCUAGACCUUGACGAGAAGGACUUGCCCGGCGUCGCCUACAGGGUCGUGGAGAGUAUGGUGACGGAAGGCCUGAUCGAGGAGGACGACAAGCCCGUCGUGAUGCGUUCGUUGCUGUUGCGGCACCGGCAUGUCCACGACGACCGCGGGUUUCGCUUUUCCAUCAGCAGCAAGAAGCCCGCAUCCUACAGCAGUCUGCAGUCGCUGUGGCUGGAAGAGAACGAGGCGCUGCGGUCGCGCUGCUCGGGCUGCUCCGCCCGCGCCGCCUGCCGCCGCCACAGCGUCGCCCUCCUCAAUCUAUCGGAGCGUCGGCGGCGCAGCACGCACGCGCGGCCCUCGGCGGCCGGGCUGGACCCGCGCGAGGUCGAGUACCUGGCGCACGCUUCCGAGUCGCAGGAUGAGCUGCGCCGCACUCACAACGACUCGAUCCUGAAGCGCAUCCCGGACGACGCCGAGGCCACCACUGUACUGGUCGGCGCCGUCGGCUUCCUGGACCAGCCGACCAUCGCCUUCGUGCGUCUCGCCGAGGGAAUAUACAUGCCUUCGAUAACCGAGGUGCCCGUCCCGGUCCGAUUCAUGUUCAUUCUGUUGGGACCCGGUGGAGCUGAUCUCGACUACCAUGAGGUCGGUCGGUCUAUCUCGACGCUCAUGUCGAACCCUGCGUUCCACUCGAUCGCGUACAAGGCGGACGACCGUCGGGAGCUUCUCUCGGCUAUCAACGAAUUUCUCGACGACUCCAUAGUGUUGCCGCCCGGAGACUGGGAGCGCCAAGCGCUGCUGCCGCUCGAGGAGCUGCGCGCUAAGAGUGAAAUGAUCCGGCGUCGCAAAAUAAACGCCUUAGAGCGCAAGCGCAUCGUCGCGGACGGGGACAAGCCUUCAGACGAAAAGAAAGCGUUGCUCGCGGCCGAGGCAGGAGGGAUGCCUCCCGAAGAACCCGACGAUCCUCUCUCUAGAACGGGACGACUGUUUGGAGGUGUGAUCCGGGACAUGAAGAGGCGGUACCCCUUCUACGUGUCCGACUUUGUUGACGCGCUAAAUGGUCAAUGCGUCGCGGCCACCAUCUUCAUGUACUUCGCAGCGGUUUCCUCUGCUAUUACUUUCGGGGGGCUGUUGGCAGAGAAGACAUACGGCAAAAUUGGUAUCUCCGAAACUCUGGUGUUCACGAGCGCUGGCGGCGUGCUGUUCGCGCUGGUGGCCGGCCAGCCUAUGAUGAUAACCGGAGCGACGGGGCCGCUGCUGCUGCUCGACGAGUCGCUGGCCAACUUCUGUCACUCGUACGGGUUCGACUUCCUCGCGGCGCGCAUGUACUGCGGCCUCUGGAUGAUAGUGAUCGCGCUAUGCGUCGCUUCCGUCGAGGGCAGCGUCGCAGUUAAAAAGAUUACCAGGUUCACUGAGGAUAUCUUCGCUUUCCUGAUAUCGUUGAUCUUCAUAUCGGAACCCAUCACGAGCACCAUCGCCGUGUACCGCGCCAACCCGCUCGGUAUCGACUACUGCCAGUUCCGAGAGGUGGCCCUCUCGAAUUCCACAGUGCAGCCGCUUCUAAACUCUACUUCAGUCGGUAACUCUAGCGUGGUCGCCCCAGCGCCGCCCGUCUCCAGACUGCCUCCGCAGCCCAACACGGCUCUCUUCUGCACCAUGCUGACGCUGGCCACCUUCGUCUUGGCGUACUACCUCAGAAUUUUUCGCAACGGCAAGUUCCUCGGUCGCAGCGCUCGUCGAGCGCUGGGUGAUUUCGGAGUGCCGAUCGCGAUCGUGCUGAUGGUCGGCAUCUCUUGCUUGGUGCCGGUGAAGACAGAGACCCUGGUGGUGCCGGCUGGUCUCAACCCCACUACUGUGCGCAGUUGGUUCGUGCCGCUCAAUCCUGGACUGGAGACCAUCCCGGCUUGGGCAGCUUUUGCUAUGGCGCUGCCGGCGCUCAUGGUUUACAUCAUCGUCUUCAUGGAAACGCACAUCGCCGAGUUGAUCAUCGCGAAGCCGGAACGGAGGCUGAAGAAGGGUAGCGGGUUUCACAUGGACAUCGUGAUAAUGUCGUUUGUGAACGCGCUGUGCGGCAUGUUCGGCGCGCCGUGGCAGUGCGUGGCCACGGUGCGGUCCGUGAGCCACGUGUCGGCGCUCACCAUCAUGUCUACGACGCACGCGCCGGGGGACAAGCCGCACAUCGUGGAGGUGAAGGAGCAGCGGCUGACGGGCCUGCUCGUGGCGGUGAUGGUCGGCAUCUCGGUGCUCGCUUCGGGCUGGCUCUGUCUCGUGCCCAUGGCGGUGCUCUUCGGCGUUUUCCUCUACAUGGGGAUCUCUGCGCUCGGCGGAAUACAGUUCUGGGACCGUUGUAUUCUACUUCUCAAGCCAGUCAAACACCACCCGCAACUUCCUUACGUUAGACGGGUGCCGACUCUGAAGAUGCACAUGUACACGCUGAUCCAAGUGGGCGGCGUGGUGGUGCUGUACGCGGUGAAGUCGUCGCGGUUCUCGCUGGCGCUGCCCUUCUUCCUGGUGCUGAUGGUGCCGCUGCGCAUGUCGCUCGUCUACAUCUUCACGCCGCUGCAGCUGCGCGCGUUGGACGGCGCCCAGAAAGAUAUAGACAAGGACGACGAGCCGGACUUCUACGAGGAAGCGCCGAUACCGGGCUAGAGGGCCCGCCUCCGCCACCGUCGCCCUCACACUCGUUGAUUGAACGAUAGUAAAUUUAACGUCAAAAAAUGUAUUGUUUGUUAGAGAAUUCGCGCGACAGGCGCUCGGUGCCCUUGAACCCAAACAUAGCUGCAUUUGAGGACACUCACAAGAACGUCGCUAAGAACAUCCUCGCCGUCUCUGGCGUGAAACAUCAACUUGAAUCCGCUCCUCGGCUUGUGUAGACACGGCCCCCAGUCCCCAUCCAUGACGUGUUGCCUCAACAUCUCAGCGCAGACUACGAACUACCUUGCUUGACAUCGUCAUUGCGUAGUAAAGUUCUAUAUAUAAUAGAAAAAAACACUAUAUGGUUUAGUGCGAUAAGUCUGGCAAGUUUGAUAAGAUAAGCCAAAGCUCAGCACUAAAGUCUGCAGACAACGCGCACUACAGCAGCAGCCGUCUCACUCGCAAGCACGGAGCACGGUGCUGUACGGCGCCGCACGACACGACACGGCACGGCACGGCGCGACACGACACGACACGGCACGGCACGGCACGGCACGGAGUGACGAGCUCACUCGAAGACGUGCAGUGCUGUCGCUAUCAACGCUUUAUUUAUAAUGAAUUAACUACUAUUUAUGGAUUAUGACAGCCGUGUGUGACCUCACUAUUGUUAGGCGAUGGACCGAUAUAAAUCCGCCUUAGGCCUAGUAUAAUUAACAUUUUUAUGUAGGUAUGCGUAUUAUUGUUGAAAUUUUGCAUUCUUAUGUACUUAAAGUUUUAAAUACAAGAUUAUUUCCACAAAUAUUUAUAAUCGUAGCUUAUAAAGUCAAUUAUACAUUUUGUACAGACAUGUGACCUAUCCAGGCUCGUGAUAAUGUACAUAAAUUACUGACACAAUUAAAAUACGUAAUUGAAAUAUUAGUAAGUAGGUAUAGUAGUUCUUGAACUCGGCUUUCUCACAAAUUGUUCCCUCACAUCCGAACGAGCCGACCCUCCAACUCCGGGUUUUUGGUUCAGGCUCUUGAUCUUAUUCGUUACUCCGUCAACCAAUAUUGUCAUUCUGGUCUUUGAUAGGACGACACAUUCGCAUGUCAAUGCGAUUAAUGAUUUCUUUCUCAUCUAUGCAAGAAGUACAGUUAGAGUUCAAAAAACUUCAUCUUGCAGAGAUCCUCUGUGGUACUGAAUUGUCCAUUGAAUGUUUCAUUUGACCUUAUCGACUUCAUUCUAUAGAUUAUAUAUUUCUAGCUUAAGGAUAGUGUUCCUAGCAAAUAGAGUUGUUCAAAAGAAUUCAUUUUGUGAUAUAGUUUGUUAUGAUGAUGAAAGCAUUUUCUAAGAAAGCCGAGUUGUUUUGAACGCACAGAGAAGCUUUAAGUUGGCUCAAAGUGAUUAAAGGAUACGGGAACCGAGCGUGCGACGCGCCGGGCGCCCCAGUUGGACGUCGAGUCGAGGGUAGCCAGGGCGCGUCCGUGACAGAGCUUCAAUGGCUGUGAUGCGUGGGUGCGCAGGGUUACGACAAAAUAUUUAUUCAGAUGUAGGUUUAAUUAUUGUAGGAGAAUAAAACAUUUCCAAAUUUUACGUAGGUACCUUAGUAAGUAGAUAGACAGUAAUAUAGUAAUCGUAUUUAUGAUUAAUAACAGUUUUACGGCUAACAGAUCCUUAUGUUAUUCAUUUCAUACUCCUAAGUUUUUUCCUUUAGAUAGUUUACGUUUUUUGUGGGCCACCGGGUAAAAUAAGCAGGCAUCUAAAACUGUCCUUAAUCAUGAGUACAACUCGUCAAAGCAUAACAACAAAAAGACAACGACAUGAAUUUAGGUGCAAAACAAUUUAUUUUAUCAAUUUAUAUGAGGUCAAUGUACACAAAUUGAUGUAUUAAUAACAAAAUUACAGUUAUAAAUGCGUAACCUUUUGUAUUAUUAUAUAAUAAGUAUUAUCAAAUAAAGGGUCGCAUAGAAGCGGGAGGGCUCCACUAAGAUCCAUCGUGAAUAUGCGGCCCGAGUACUGUCACUCUGUUGUAUAGAACUUCGUUGUAAGCUUAAGUAGGUAGAAGAAUCCACUCUACCAUCCAAUCUACGAGUAUUAGUUAGUGUUGUUUUGUUGAAAUUGUUAUUGUUAAUAUAUUGAUUAUGAAUAGCCGGCUUGUUUUAUUGAGUGGGCGGUCAGGGUGGCGCGCGAAGCAGAGCGACGCGACCUCCUCGACUCAGCCGCGCGCACCGGUACACUCCUCCACACAAUCUCACCGCUGAUCUUCCCUUCAUUCACUCCAGUCAUUCGGCCGUAGCAUAUGAUUGCACUCAUUAAUUAUCGGUUGAGAGAAAAAUAACUAAUAUUUAAGAGUUGCUUGUUUAUUUAUUUUAGCUUUGUUAAAGCUGUCUUUAUGAAUAUAGGACCUAGUUAUCAUUAAACACUUAACACCUGAGCUGACGCGUUUCUAUCUCCUUGUUCACAUCAGCAAAAGGGUCCCAUUUCAUCGACCCUCUCUCGAUAUCAGCCCUUGCUUACCGAGGUAAUAUAGCGGACUAUUAAUGUCAAACUCUUAGGAUUUCUUGCCGAUGGCCAACUAAUCAAUGAGCAAGAGUAGGGUUUCCGUCAUGGUCGUUUAUAUCGAUCUUAUUAUUACUUCACUCACUUUACGUCUGCCAUGAAAGCAGUUAGCAGUUGUCGUCGACGGCUGCCGUUCUGACGCCAUUAGCGCUCACCAACGUUCCACAAGUUCCUG